AUGGCAUUCUCCUUCCACGCUCUCUUUGCUAUCCUACUCGACAAAAUCAAGCCUAGCACCAAGGCUCAUGUCAAUAUGAGCCACUUCCUCGCCGCCAUGGCCUUUGCCCAAGAGCUUCUCCUCUUUCACUUCCACACAACAGAUCAUGUAGGCUUAGAGGGUCAAUACCAUUUGCUCCAACAACUAGUGGUUAUGGUGUGCCUAUUUUCCACUCUUCUAAGCAUAUGGUUGCCUAAGAGCUUCAUGUUGUGCUACAUUAGGUCACUUGGUAUAAUAUUUCAAGGACUUUGGCUCAUUGUCAUGGGAUUCAUGCUAUGGACUCCGGAUUUCGCUCCCAAAGGUUGCUCAAUGAAGAUAGGUCAUUAUGGUCGGCAUGUGAUUAAGUGUGAUGAACACGAAUCAUUGCAUCGCGGUAAGGCGUUGGUUAACAUCUUGUUUAGUUGUUUUUUCAUAGGUAUGAUGGUUUUUGGUGUGGGUUCUUAUUUGGUUAUGAACAAAAUUUAUGUUUCAUAUAAAAUCAUGGAGGAUAAUGAUGACGAGGAAUUGACAUGUGAAAUGGAGGAUAGGCAGAAAUUUCUAUACAAAAACAGAGUUCUACCAAUUGAUUUGGAAGAAUUGUAG